AGCAAGAUGGAAGGGCUCCAUAGCCACGCUAUUAGCCUAGACCCACGCAGGCAGGAGCUGCUUGAGGCUCGCUUCACUGGAGUUGGUGUGGCUAAGAGCUCAGCCAACAGCGAAUCAUCAAACCAGUCUCUGUGCAGUGCAGGAUCACUCAGCGACAAAGAACUAGAGACACCAGAGAAGAAGACCAACGAGAGAAGCAGGAAGAGAAAAGGGGACUUCUUUGACAACAACAGCCAAGGAAAGGGAAAGGGGCAGAAAAUAGGUGAUUAUUUUGAGUUUGCUGGUAGCAGCGGCUCUGGCACCAGUCCGGCCCGAGGCAUCCCUCUGCUGGUACGCUCCUCUUCACAGCACUCACUGUCUUAUUCUCCGUCAGAACUGACGCUCCUGAAACUGACAGCACUGGAGAAGGUUAAAAACUCUGACCUGGAAAAGAAAGAAGGGAGGAUAGACGACCUGCUGCGGGCGAACUGUGACUUGAGGCGGCAGGUAGAUGAACAGCAGAAGAUGCUUGAGCGCUAUAAGGAGCGGCUUUACAAAUGUGUGACCAUGAGCAAAAAGCUGCUGGUUGAGAAGUCAAAGCAGGAGAAGAUGGCGUGCAGGGACAAGAGCAUGCAGGACCGCCUACGUUUAGGUCACUUCACCACAGUGCGACACGGAGCCUCCUUCACUGAGCAGUGGACAGAUGGUUACGCCUUCCAGAACCUAAUCAAGCAGCAAGAGCGAAUCAACUCGCAGCGGGAGGAUAUUGAGAGGCAAAGGAAGCUGCUGGGAAAGAGGAAACCUCCCCUGGCCCCGACACCCCCACCCCACAUGGAGCAGAACAAGCGAAAAAGUAGAAGCAAUGGUCAGGAGAAUGAAACGUUGUCCCUGGCAGAAUACCGUGAACAAGAGGAAAUUUUCAAACUGCGAAUUGGUCAUCUGAAAAAGGAAGAAGCAGAGGUCCAAGCAGAGUUGGAACAGCUGGAGCGGGUUAGAAACUUGCACAUCCGAGAGCUGAAGAGAAUCCACAACGAGGACAACUCUCAGUACUUGAACAAGGUGUUCCUCUGUAGGUUCAAAGACCAUCCCACACUGAAUGACCGAUAUCUGCUAUUACGUUUACUUGGGAGAGGUGGCUUUAGUGAAGUUUUUAAAGCUUUUGAUUUAACAGAGCAGAGAUAUGUGGCUAUUAAAAUUCAUCAACUCAAUAAGAACUGGAGGGAGGAAAAGAAGGAAAACUACCACAAACAUGCCUGUAGAGAGUAUAGGAUCCACAAAGAACUUGACCAUCCACGAAUAGUCAAACUUUAUGACUAUUUCUCAAUCGACACAGACUCUUUCUGCACAGUGCUGGAGUACUGUGAAGGCAACGAUCUGGAUUUUUACUUGAAGCAGAACAAGUCGAUGACAGAGAAGGAGGGUCGCUCCAUCGUCAUGCAGCUCGUCAAUGCCCUCAAAUACCUCAAUCAGAUUCGGCCUCCCAUCAUUCACUACGACCUCAAGCCUGGAAACAUUCUGCUUGUUAAUGGCACAGCCUGCGGGGAGAUUAAGAUCACUGACUUUGGCCUGUCCAAAAUCAUGGACGAUGACUGCUACAGCUCUACAGAUGGCAUGGAGCUGACCUCACAAGGAGCGGGGACCUACUGGUAUCUACCACCUGAGUGCUUUGUAGUUGGGAAGGACCCCCCAAAAAUAUCCAACAAGGUGGAUGUUUGGUCAGUCGGGGUCAUCUUCUACCAGAGCUUAUAUGGGCGCAAGCCAUUUGGUCAUAACCAGUCUCAGCAGGACAUCCUCCAAGAAAACACCAUCCUUAAAGCUACGGAAGUGCAGUUUCCCCCGAAACCCGUGGUCACCACAGAGGCCAAGGCCUUCAUUCGACGUUGCCUGGCCUACCACAAGGAGGAUCGCGUGGACGUGCUGCAGCUGGCCAGUGACCCCUUCCUAAUGCCGAAUAUUCGAAAGGCCCUUGGCAGCAACACACCCUUGGUGGCCGCCAGUCCCUCCACGUCCAGUUGCUACAGCAGCGGCGCUUCCAACUGA